AUGAGAGAGUCUAACGAUCCGGAGGCAAAACAGGUGCUGGGGGAACUGAAAUUGCGUGGGGUGAUGAUCGAGCUCGACGAAGAAUCUGUGAUACGGGCUAUCGAAUCCAUCCUCAAUCGAUACCUGCCAUGUUAUUGGGGGACAGUGAUCCCCGGGAUCACUAGUGCGAUCAAACGAGAGCUUGUUAGGUCCAGGAAUACGAUCGAUGCCGAUUUGGUUAGAGAAGUUGACGAGUAUUUUAAAAAACAAGGCAAGAAGAAACAGGGCAUGGGGGAUGAGUGGUCUGAUGAAGAUGAACCAGAAGAUUCGGAUGUGGGUUGGGAGGAGGUAGAGGAAUCUUCGUCUGAUUCCGAAGAUGAUGUUUCGGAGGGGAAAACGGAGGAGGCGGCGAAGGAGGAGGAGAUAGACCAUUUUAAAGAUCCCACGGUUAGAAAAGAAUGCAUCGACGUCCUGUCAUAUCUGGCCGGGAAGAAAGGAACGAGUGUGAAACAAGGGGAUGAGGAGGCGAUCAUGGAAUCGAUGAUUCCCCACCUUCGGGAUUCCAUUACGAAUUUGUGCGGCAUCAUGGGUUUCCUGGAUACAGUUAUCGAGUAUAUGGAUGAGUGCAGCAGGCUCGAUAAUUUGGAGAUAGUGGAGACUGCCCUUCGGGAUAGAAUUUUUGUUGAACGUUACGAGCAAUACAAAGUAAAGUCAAAGAAGAACUUGGUGCCAACUAAAGAAGAAGGGAUUGCUACCCCCAUGAACCAGAUAACACAAGAAGAAGAAAAAAGAGAAUCUGGAGAUAUAAUGGAAAUUCAAGAAACAGAGACUUCGAUGAUCCCCUUGGACCUGCCAGAGCAACCUAAAGAAAGUAUGGGAAAUGCUUAUUCUUGCAUCAAAGAAAGCUUGGAAAGGGCUGGAGGUAACAAGAGAAAGCUUGCCCAGGUGUAGCCCGGGUAUUAGUUUGUUUAAGAGUGUAUGUUAGGGAUUUGGGUUAUAAGAGUUUGGAAGAUUGAUCUGAGAUAUUAACAUUUAGCAAAAUUAUGCGGUUUUCUGUGUAGUUUUUCGAUUACAUGAGAAUUUUGGCCUG